CGCGGGCAUGGCCGCGGAGGCGCUGGAGGGCGCGGGCGGGGCACUGGGCGCGGAGGCGCUGGAGGGCGCCGCGGAGUACUGCAGGACGGUCCUGCACGCCAAGAGGCGCAUACACGAAUGCCUCACGGUCCUCGGCAUCAUGCACCAGCGGCGGGACCAGGAGGUCGCGGCGCCCGGGGCCCAGCGCGCCGACGAGAUGCAUUGCGCGAUGGUCAUGCUGAACUCGGGCCUCCUGAAGGCGCUGCACGUCACCGACAGCUUCCACGCGCACUGCCACCGCGAGUGCCCCGAGCUCGGCGCCCUACUGGACGGCGGCGACCCGCCUGCUGCGGAGGAGGCCGCGGCCGCACAUGGCGACCCCGACGAGGGCCUGGCCAGCGAGCGGUACCGGCAACUUCAGGCCGAGUGCGUGUGCAGAGCGGAGAGCUGCUGCGCUCGCUGGACGCGCGCCACCGCGACGACGAGACGCGCGCGAAGCGCCUGGAGGACGAGUGCCGCGGCUUGCGUGCGCGGCUGGGGCAGGCCGCCUACGCAGGGGGCGGCCUCCCGCCGGCGAGCCGGCCGGGCACGAGCUGCGGCGUGGCUGUGCAGCGCUGCGCCGAGGGCGGGGUCGUCGUGCUCGAGCCUGAGCUGGGGCGCCUGGCGGCCUCCUCCAAGACAGGGGACUGGAGGAGGGCUGGGCGGAGGCCCGGGAGCAGGUGGAGCAGCUGCGCGCCUCGUCGGAGGCCGCCCGGCGCGGCGCCGAGAGCGCGGCGGAGGAGCGGCGCGAGCUGCGGGAGCUGCUCGGCGCGGGCGAGGAACCGGGGGGGCUCCAGGACGCGGUGGCCCAGCUGCUGCAGGAC